UAUGCAUAGACAUAUGUACCUGUAUAUGUCACCACCCGACACAUCCUCGAUAGAGGGACGGAGCAAAAGUCAUUCUGUAACCCGAUAUCACGUUCAAAGCGAGCCGCGUGUCCACUUGAUUUGACGCCUGCUUUGAUUAGAGCACGCUGGGACUGGUGACGCUUAACAAGUCCGCAUAUGUUGCGAAACGGCCAAGGUCCAGCAUAACUGCUCCCGACAGUUUUGUUCGUCCUCCCGCUGCUUUUGGUAGGCGUUGUGGGCAUAUUUAAAAAGGCGACCCGGGUCUGUGUGUAAGUUCAUAACUAACAUGUCGACCAGCGGAGACUUCGACUGCAUAGUGAUCGGAGCGGGCAUCCAGGGCUCCUUCACGGCCUAUCAGCUGGCAAAAAAGAACAAGAAGACUCUGCUGCUGGAACAGUUUGUCGUGCCCCACAGCCGAGGGAGUUCCCAUGGCCAGACCCGCAUCAUCCGUAAGGCCUAUGAGCAGGACUUCUAUACCCACAUGAUGGAGGAGGGCUACAAGCUGUGGGCUCAGCUGGAGAAAGAGGCGGGUGUCAAAGUGUACAGACAAACAGGGCUCCUGAUUAUGGGACCAGAGAAGAAUAAUAAUUACCAGAUGAUUAAGAACACCCUGCAAAGAAAUAAAGUUCCUGUGGUGAACCUGACCCGUGACAACUUUAGCCAGCACAUUCCCCUCGUCAACUUGUCUGAGGGAGACGAAGCAAUGGUGGAUACAACUGCUGGAGUUCUGUUUGCUGAUCGGGCACUCAAGACUGUACAGGGGCAAUUUCAGAAGUUAGGUGGAGUCAUACGAGACAAUGAGAAGGUAACGGACAUCAAGCCUGGCCCUGUUGUAAGAGUGUCAACCACUGUGGGUAUUUAUCAUGCUAAGAGUUUGGUGAUCACCGCUGGACCCUGGACUAAUAAACUGCUGGCCCACACUGGCUUACAGCUGCCACUAGAGGUAGUGAAGAUCAACGUGUGCUACUGGAAGGAGAAAGUUCCUGGGUCGUAUAACGUGACGAAGCGAUUUCCCUGCUUCAUACAAAUUGAAUGCUUGGAGUCCAAAGAGCACAUCUACGGCCUUCCAUCCAAUGAGUACCCAGGGCUGGUGAAGAUAUGCUAUCAUAUGGGCAGCAAGACAGACCCAGACCAGAGAGACCUGCAGAAAGACAGGUCUGAUAUUGAUAUCCUCCAGCGUUACAUCGCCCGCUGUUUGCCUGGACUGGUCCCUGAACCUGCUGUGGUGGAGAGCUGCUUGUAUACGCUUACGCCUGACCAUCAUUUUGUGCUGGACUACCACCCCGCCUACAGCAACAUCGUGAUUGGAGCAGGAUUUUCAGGUCAUGGCUUUAAGUUUGGACCAAUCAUUGGCAAGCUUCUGUGUGAACUCAGCCUGGGAGAAGUGCCCUCCUAUGACCUUUCACCUUUCCGGAUGAGACGCUUCGAGGCAAAGAUCGGAUCAGCUUUAUAGACCUGCAACACAAGGCCUCUUUUAUAAUUGAAACAUUUUGAUUUUAACAAUUCCAUUUAAUUUAGUAUUAAAUUCUACUUACUGUAUGUUUUGCUUGAUAGAAUCAGUUUGUGUUGCCACAUGGUGUAAUCAGAGGCCUGUACCACGAAACAGGAUUUUGGCUUACCGCGUAACUUCAGGGUUAACCCUGGGUUUGCUGUACUAUGAAGGUGGUUUACUUCUCACCGGGGUAAAUCGCCAUGGUAACUUAGAUUAGAGAUCAUCAAGUAUGAAGUCAUCACCUACUGACCAAUCAGUUCUCCAGAAAAUAGCAUCAUCAUUCCUGGAAAAUCCCUGAGACUUCUGCUCAGACAGUAGGAGGGUCUAAAGUUUUUCAGUAGCAUCUAAAGUCUUUGUUUCCCUGAUGAGCAUCAGUAAUAAAUGUAAUUUCUUAGAUUUUUUUUUUAAAUUCUGUUAGCUGCAUAUAAUUUUAUUGUUCUGUGAGCAUUAAUAUUGGAUCCUGAAACAGGACACCUACACUAUACUUGCUGACCUCAUAUCAUGUACAGGU